AUGGCCGGCUUCAUUCGGAGCAAGCAGGCGGGCAUACAGAACGACCUCUCUGCCGGACUAACGCCCGAGCAUGUCGCUAUCGAUGACAUCGACCGCUAUGGUAUCAACAGUCAGAUAGGAUCCAUCGCUUACGAUCCUGUGCAAUCACUGCUGGCAGUGGGCACAAAGGACAGCAAAUUUGGACCUGGGCAAAUCUACAUCUUCGGCAGAGGCAGAGUCGCUGUCACACUUGACCUACCCCAGCGAGCAUCAGCCAAACAGAUACAAUUCUGCGCCGACAAGCUGGUCUGUCUCGACUCGAAAAACGACCUGUCGUUCUAUUCGCUCGAGGCCAAGAAACUUAUCGGUUCACAUUCACCGCCGGGUGUCGCAACAUGUAUCGCGACAGAUCCCGCCUUGGACUAUGCUUUGAUUGGCAUGCAAUCUGGAGACGUUCUUGCUUAUGAUAUGGACAGAGAGGGCGCAGCUCCUUUCCGGAUCCCAAAUUUAUGGGCUGAGCGUGACUCAAGAGUACGAGUGUCACCAGUCGUCAGCAUACAGUUCCACCCUAGAGAUAUUGGGAAGCUGUUGAUCGGCUACGUCCACGGCGCUGUCACCUUUUCCUUCAAGCUGAACCAAGCUCAAAAGUUCUUCCAAUACGAGAUUCCUGCUGGAGCACAAGGCGGCCAUGCAGAUCCUGCAUCCUCAAGAACACCUCGCUGGCCAAAGCUCACCCAAGCAAUUUGGCAUCCUACUGGCACAUUCAUUCUGACUGGACACGAAGACAGCUCGAUGGUAUUCUGGGAUCCCAAGGACGGCAGAAUCAUCCUGGCCCGAACGACUAGUGAGACACAUAUCAACAUCCCUGGCAAGGGUGCCACGACUUUGGGGCCCACAGUAUCAGUGAGAGAGCCUAUAUUCAAGGUUGCCUGGUGUGCGAACAAGGAUCCCGACGACACAGCUCUUCUCAUUGCCGGUGGGGCAGAUUCGACUAUGCCAACAAAAGGCAUGACAUUUUUCGAGAUGGGACGAACACCAAACUAUGCUACCUCAAGUUGGGAUGUUCUUGCUGAGCAUUUGGAGAAUCCACGCCGUCAGAGAGUGCUUCCAACCCCACCCAAUGCCGAAGUAGUUGAUUUUUGUCUCAUUCCCCGCGAGUCGCCUCACUUUGCUGGUGCUCAAGACCCCAUCGCCAUCCUAGCGCUGUUGUCGUCUGGAGAGGUCGUUACGCUAAGCUUCCCGAGCGGCAUUCCAAUCACACCUACCAACCAGUUGCACGUAUCCCUAACCUUUGUCCAUCCUUUCAUCAAACGAGCCAACGUCACUACGGUCGACAGAGUCAGAUGGCUUGGUAUGACUGAGACUCGCAACCAGGGCCCUCAAAUCUUGAAGGGUGGUGUAGAGCAGACACAUCCUCUCAAGAGAUACGAGAACCGAAACAUCAUUCAGACUAUGCAUGCAGAUGGUACGGUCAGACUGUGGGAUGCAGGUCACGGUGAUGAGCUGGAGAACGACAAAGUUCUGGAAGCAGGUGUUGGUCGAGCUGUGGGACGCAUCGAAGGUGUCGACAUUACCAAUACGUCUCUGGCGAGCGCCAGCGGUGAAUUUGCUGCUGGUACGAGGAGCGGAGAAGUCGCAGUCUUCCGCUGGGGCCACAACAGAAACUUUGGCCGCGAUGUGCCUCCAUCUGCUGGGGGCAAUCGUCCUAAUUCUCUCACCAAUAUUGUGGACAGAGCCGACCCGAGUCUGAAGGAGGGACUGUGCCCGUUCACAUUGCUAGACAUGCAAAGUGGCCCAAUUACUGCGGUCAAAGUCAGCGAAGUCGGCUUCGUCGCGGCUGCCUCUGAGGGAGGCAAACUUGCUGUUAUCGACAUGCGUGGUCCUGCUAUCAUUCACCUCGGCACGACUGCUGAGUUUGGCAAAGGUGACAAGCUCGGCACACUACGCCGAAAGAGCAGUCAUUCAGGAGACAAGCCAGAAUGGGUCACAAAAUUGGAGUUUAGCGUAAUGACUCUGGAAGACGAGAAUUACUCUAGUGUAAAUCUUCACGCUGGAACCAAUCUAGGCCGACUAGCAACCUUCAAGCUCAUUCCCGAUAGCAGCGGACGCUACUGCGUUGACUUCAAGGGCGUGACUUCCUUUGAUGGCCGUAUCAUCCACAUGUCACCCGUCAACACCCACACAGGCAGACCAGCAUCCGCAACUCCCGACGCUGUCGCUAAUCUCCGCAACGGCGUAAAAACCGAUGGUGUCCUCGUGGCCGUGACCACGUCCGAAGCCCGCAUCUUCCGUCCGGCCACCGCGAAAGGCGCUCACAAGACGUUCGACAGCCACUCCUGCGAGACAGCCGCUGUGGUGAGAUUCCAAGACCAAGGAUACGUGCUUUGUGGAUUGUUCGGCGACGGCACUGUGCGUGCAUAUACAUUGCCAGCGUUGAAAGAACUCAAUUCGAUCAAGAUCUCGCAUAUCCUGGAUACCAGACGUUUUGCAGAUUCCAUCAUCAUUCCCAAUGGAGAUAUCUUUGGCUGGACUGGUCCUUCUGAGAUGGCUCUCAUCAAUAUGUGGGGUACAGGUCAACUACUGUCCAGGUCACUGGACAAACUCUUCAACCCGCAAGCCCUCAUCCCACCCAGACCCACAAUUUCAAACUUCCAAUGGGUGGCAGGAACACAAUACGUGACACCCUCAGACAUGGACAUCUUGAUCGGCGGACCCGACCGACCCCCCUCAAAGCGCAUGCUCGCCCAAUCCCGCGCAGACGAAGCCUCCCGCCUCGCUGCCUCCCGCACACCCGCCUCUGCAUCUUCAUCCUCUGCAUCAAACGAAGGAUGGGGAGCCUACAUGCAACGACAACUGCAAGAACGAACAGAGAAACUGAAUAUCAUGGGUGAUUCAAUGGAAAGUUUAGAAAACAACAGUCAAGGGUGGGCGGACGAUGUCAGUAAGUUUGUGGGUAGGCAAAAGAGAGGCGCGGUUACUGGGUUGAUUAAACAUAAGUUUGGGUUCUAA